GCCGCCUUUCCGCUUCCGCGCCACCCCCUCCGUCCCUGGCUUGUGGUGAUGGCGGCCGCUGAGUCCCUCUCUCCGGAGGAGCUGCUGCCCAAAGGCGUCUCGGGCAAGGCCGAGGAGCUGGAGGACGAACUGGAGGAGGAAGAGGACGACGAGGAGCUGGACGAGACGCUGGCGGAGCGGCUGUGGGGGCUAACGGAGAUGUUUCCCGAGAGCGUCCGCUCGGCGGCCGGAGCCACUUUCGAGCUCUCGCUGACGGUAGCGCAGAAGAUGUACAGGUUCUCCAGGGCAGCUCUGUGGAUCGGGACCACCUCCUUCAUGAUUUUGGUUCUUCCUGUUGUCUUUGAAACUGAAAAACUGCAGAUGGAGCAACAGCAGCAGCUGCAGCAGCGACAGAUCCUCCUUGGACCCAACACGGGGCUCUCAGGGGGAAUGCCAGGGGCCCUGCCACCACUGUCAGGAAAAAUCUAAUUUGUGGGAGCUACCUUGGAUUCAUAUCAUGUGGGAAGACCUUGAGAUGAUGACAUGCCGAACUGUUGAUUUGUUGGGUCAGGGCAUUUUAUUUUAUUUCAUGUUUUUUCGGUUGUUCGGUUUUUUUCUGUUUGUUUUUGUUUUCCUUUGGGACAUUGACCUGUUCAUUAUGUGGGGGGGGGGACGGGGGGAAAGAAGCCCCCCCUCUGGACCUGACAGUGGCUCCUGUCUGCCUCCUCCCCCUCCGCAGAAGUCUCGAUUCUCUCCUUUUAUCCAAUCAGUGCACCAUAGCCCCUCACAGACUUGAACUGGGGGGAGUUACUCUUCCAGACUCCUUGUGCCCACCCCUCCCCAGCCACCCCCCCCCGGGACACAGGGCAGGUGGUGGCCAAACAAAACAAACCCUCUGCGGGCUCACUGGGAGCCAAAGGACACUGGUGAUAGGAGGAGGGACCUUCCCCAUGGGUGAAGCCAAGGAAGGAGGGGUGCAAGGAGCCAUGGAGAUGGAGAAUGCUCUCCGGGAAGACGUGCGUGCAAAAACACUUUCACUGCAACUCUGCGUGUGUGUGUGUGUGCGUGUGUGUGUGUGAGUAGUGAGGGAGCAGCAGGCUGGGUUCAAGACGAUCACAUCUGCGCCGGUCCUCUGCCUCAUAAAGUAGACCUUGGGAUGCCGGCUGCGUAUUUUUUUGUAUUGAAUAUUAAAUAAAUCCGACCUGAGCAGUGUGGUUUUAA